UAUCUGAAUGUAUUUGUAUAAAAUCAUUGCAUGCAGAAAACAUAUUAACUACGUAAAUAUGCCGAUUAAGUAUUUAUUACUUGUGACAUUGUUUGUCAAGCUAUCAGAAGCUCUAGUGAUCGAAUUGCCAGAUGGUAAAGUCAAAGGACUUACAGAUACUACUCGCUCAGGCAUCACUUACCACAGUUUCCUAGCUUUGAGGUAUGCUCAACCACCAGUAGGAGAUUUGAGAUUCAAGCCGGCAUUAUCAGUUGAACCCUGGGAGGGCACCUAUGAUGGUACUGCUGAAAAGAACGUCUGCUUCCAAGUCUAUGAAAACAGCUACAAGGAAAAUGAAGAUUGUCUUUUCCUUAACGUCUUCACGCCAGUGGAUCUUUCCAAUACUUCAUCGACUUCAGAUCUUGCUGUUAUGGUCUGGAUACACGGAGGCGGUUUUAUAUCAGGAGCUGCCUACAUGAACGAGGGAGGUGUAGGCCCUAAAUUUUUCAUGGAUUCAACUGUUGUUUUUGUUUCGAUCAAUUAUCGACUCGGACCAUUCGGUUUUAUGUCGACUGGUGAUAAAGUUCUUCCAGGGAAUUUGGGAUUAAAAGACCAAGUUCAGGCAUUGAAGUGGGUUCAAAAAAAUAUUAAAUAUUUCGGUGGUGAUCCUGAGAAAGUAACCAUAUUUGGCCAGAGCGCUGGUUCAGCGUCUGUAUCUUAUCAGUUGUUGAGUCCCACAUCUGCAGGCCUCUAUAGAGCUGCAAUUCUUGAAAGCGGAUCAUCAUUAUCACCGUGGGCUUAUCAAAGAGACCAAGCUGAAAUCACAUUUAAAACUGCCCAACUGAUCGAUCCUAGUUUUAAUAGCGAAAAUACCACGGAACUUUUACUGUUUCUCCAAAGCGUCCCAGCAGUUGCUAUCGAUAACGCUUCAUUAUUAUUUUCUAGCACUUCUGAAUCUGCAAGCAAUUACCAAAUUUCCAGUGGCUUCUUUUACGCUCCAGUAAUUGAAGUAGCACACGAAGACGCUUUUUUAACAGAAGCUCAAUAUGGACUGCUUGAAAGAGGUAGCUACAAUAGGGUACCAGUUAUGGCAGGAAUGACAAAUGAGGAAUCUUUGGGUCUUCUAGCCAAUGGAGACUUAUCAUUCCUAUGGAAUGCUUACGAUCAAGAACCAAUCAUUAUGGUACCUGAUGACCUACACGUUACUAACAAAGAUUUAAGAAAUACUAUAGGAUUGGAAAUUAGAAAUUAUGUUACUGAUUCUAAAGGUUUUAAUGGUGAUAUUGCUAAAGGGAUUAUGUUUCACAGCAUGCAUGACUUUGACAAAGCAAAUAUUAAGCAAGCAGAAUUAAUGUCCUAUCACAGCACGGUACACUUUUAUCAGUUUUCUUAUAGCGGUCCUAUGGGAUAUUCCAGUUAUAGAGUACCAGGUACAGAUGGCAAUGUCACCCAUGCCGAAGAAGUUAAUUAUUUCUUUAGCAAAUGGUAUAGCAAUGAAAUCCCAGACAACACAGAUAUGUCUUAUUUUCCUGAAUCCGAUCAGAAUACUCAUUAUAGGAUAAUGGCUUUGUGGACUAAUUUUGUGAAGUAUUUAAAUCCUACUCCACAAGGAAUGGAUAAAGAAAUUCUACAAAAUGUAACCUGGGAGCCAGUUCAACCAAACGUUUUCAAGUAUUUGGACAUAGGAAAGGACUUGGUAUUAACUGAAGGAUACCCGAAGCAGGAAAAAUAUUUAUUUUGGAAUAGUUUGUUUAGCAAAUACGCAGUUCCGCCACUAGAUACAUUUUAACUAUUGCGGUAUUAAACAUUGACUGUCAGAAGUCUAAAAAUUUUUUAGUUGUUUUAUUAAUACUAAGCUUCAUUUUUUAUUGUAUUUAUAAAAACUAACACAAGAAUAUUUAAAAUUUCAAUUUGAA